UCCGUCAUUCUCUUCACUGAGGAAGUGCCCACAUCCUGUCGCGCACAAAAUGUCGUCGGUACAGGUGUGGCGUCACCAAAUAUUUUAUGAUCUAAAGAAAAACAUCUGUCAACAAAUAUCUAUUAAAUCGUAUAUAUAUUAUAAUAAUGGAGAAUUCCAAACUCGUUAUUUACCAUCGACGAUGAAAAGCAUUACAAAAAGAAGCAGUUACCCAACGUAUAUUGUUGAAGACAUCAGAAAGUCUGUGGGACGUAUAUUUUAUUACAACUACCAGUAUAAUAGAUAUAUUUUCUUAGGUACUUGUUUCGUAUUUCAUCAUGGGCUAUUACUUACCUGCUGUCACGUUGUUCAUAAUCAGUCACUGAAUCAAUUAUAUGUUACCUUUGAAAACUUUACAAAUAAUAGUUACAUAAAUUGUUUUAGAUUUAAGAAUAUACUGUAUUCUUCAAAGUCUUUAGACUAUGCUUUGUUUGAAGUAGACUGGGAUGGAUCACAAGUACCAAAAGACCUAACAAAAUCAGAUAACGCCAUAUCUAAACCUGGACAAGUCUGUAUUGUCGGUUAUUCUGAUAUUACAGACAAAGGUUAUGAGAUAUGCCCUGUAAUCCCCCCGGAAUGCAAUCAAAUUAAUCCUCAGCCUUUAUUAAGAGUUCCCUUUAAUGUUUAUAGCAAAAUGAACUAUCUUGAAUUAACAUCCCAUGAAGGAUUUACAAAUUCUCAAUCAUUCUCUUAUUCAGUAUCAUAUGAUGGUCAAAAUAUCAAUAUUCAGUUUACCUCUGCUUCAGAAAUAAGAAAUCCUAAUUUAAACUAUAACCAUCAAAUGGGAAAUCUAACUACAAUCUAUUCAGGGGAAAGCAAUAAUCAAAUCAAUUAUUUGGCAUCAAUGGCAGAGGGAUCAUCUGGUUCCCCCAUAUUUAAUGAGCAGGGACAAUUAAUUGCAAUGCACCAUUCGGGAAACAUCCUUAAUGAUGAUGGAGAAAUGCCCAAGUACUAUAUUGCACGGGGAGUAAACAUUUCUGCGAUUAUUAGUGAUAUAAAAUCGCAACAAAACUUGCAAAUGUAACAACAUGCGCAAAGUUGAAUAGUAGGAAGAAUAUGCAAAUCUAAUUGCUCUUUGAAUGCUUUAAACUUAGAACACUGGUAGAAUUGAAUAGCUGUCAGCCAUUGAACAACCACUGAUUUGGGUUAACUGCUGGGACAAAUGAACAGUCACACUCCUCACAGUUGAAGAGAUCAGGAAUUGUAAAGGAUAAAAGACGGGCCAGAGAUGUCAUUCUGAACGAUCAGGUACAGAUGUACAUAAAUGUGGAAAUGGAAACUGCUUGCUCUGAUCAAUCUUUUUAAACUAUCUAUUGGAAUCCUGUCCGAAAAAAAAACCCAACUAAGUUUACAAUAUCCUUACCUCAGCUCUAAAAAUACACUUUCUUCUUUAUGAGAUGUCUGGUAUGGCCAGAAUUGGUUGCCCAUCCGUAUCAAUACUUUGACAGAUUGGCUUGCAAAAGGCAGGGGGGAGGGGGGGUUGCAUUUCAGAAGACAGUCAAUAUAGGGUUACAUUGCAGUGGUCUGGAGUCGCCUGUAGGCCAGACCCUGUAGGGAGGGUAGAAUUCCUUCCCUGAAGGACCCUAAUGAACCAGAUGGGGCUUCACAGCAAUUGGUAAUCGGUCACCAUCGCAGGGAUAACUUCCAGAUUUAUAAACAGAAUUCAGACGCUGCCGUUGUCCUCAUCGGUUCGACACCCAUGCCCCCUUUACAGAAAAGGCAGAGGGAAGAAAUCAGUAAGUGUGGGAUUGAGGGUCUACGUGCCUGAGUUUACUGGCCUGUCUGUGGGGUUUUACAUAGGACGUACUAUCUGUAAGACCCACCAGAGCAAUUCACUCCAACCCAAAACGACCCUCUGGAAGAGAUGGGGCUGCACAUACAUGGGAGCACCAUCCCCUGCAAGUUGCCCCCUCCAAGCCUCUCACCAUUCUGAUGUGUGAAAGAAAAUCUGGUCCUUCUGGGUCAAAAUCGUGGAACAUCUGUCAGAACGGCACUGUGCAGUGUAGGUACGUGAUAUACCACAUUGCAGUGGUUCAAGGAAGCAGUUCACCACUCACCACUCCUCCCCCCCCUCCCCCCCC